AUGUCUGAACGACGCCCCUCAGGGUUAGAAAGAAGCCCGACAGCGCCAUCUGUCCUGUCCAAUGGCCAUUUUGCCUCGAUCGGCGGCGACGGUGACACUGCAUCCUACGAGCAUGGUGUGCAGGUCAUUGAUGAGAAUAAGGAGUUCAAUCCCAACUUGUCCAAAUACUUAACUCUCGAAAAUGUCACGCCGGCCGGCUUCAACUACCACCUCAUCUCCGUGUUUGGUUCGCAGUCCACCGGAAAGUCAACAUUGCUCAACCACCUCUUCGGCACCGAGUUCUCGGUAAUGUCCGAGCUGGAGCGAAGGCAAACAACAAAGGGUAUCUGGCUGUCGAACAAUAAGAAGCAAGGUGAGGCCGGCGCGGAGGAGCGCAUGGCGGAUAACAUCCUGGUUAUGGAUGUGGAGGGUACCGAUGGUCGCGAGAGAGGUGAGGACCAGGAUUUUGAGCGCAAGAGUGCGCUUUUCGCGCUAGCCACGAGUGAGGUUCUUAUUGUCAAUAUCUGGGAACACCAGGUUGGCUUGUACCAGGGUGCCAACAUGGGAUUGUUGAAGACCGUCUUUGAGGUCAACCUGCAGCUCUUCCUGAAGGAUAAACAUACUACCCACCGUUCUCUCCUUUUCUUCGUCAUUCGUGAUUUCAUCGGCACAACACCGCUCAAGAACCUCCAGAAGACAUUAUUGGAAGAUUUGUCCCGGCUCUGGGCGACGAUAUCGAAGCCGGCUGGGUUGGAGAACUCUACGAUCCAUGAUUACUUUGACUUCCAGUUCUACGGACUCCCGCAUAAGGGAUACCAGCCUGACCAGUUUGUUACGGAGGCUAAGAAGCUGGGCUUGCGCUUCCGGGAGGGCCAUCGCGAUCCCAAGAGGGAUGCGCUCAAGGGCGAAUUUUCCGAAGGGGGUGUUUUCUUACCUGAAUACCACCGUCGCAUCCCAGCGGAUGGAUUCUCACAUUAUGCGGAGGGAAUUUGGGAUCAAAUUGUCAACAACAAGGACUUGGACUUGCCAACUCAGCAGGAGUUGCUUGCCCAGUUCCGUUGCGACGAGAUUCUGCGCGAAGUGAUGAUUGGCUUUGAUGAGGCGAUUAUCGCAUUUGAAGAUAAGCAGGCUGAGGCCGUGCGCCUUGGCGCACCAGAGGUUCUUGGUGGACUGGGUGUUGCCAUGCGCGGUGCCCGCUCCAAGACUCUGAAGAGCUUCCAGACAGAAGCUAGCCGAUACCACAAGGGUGUAUACCAACGCAAGAGUGCUGAGCUUGAGAGCAAGGUUGAUACUCGUCUGAAGGCCCUGUUCCACGGUCAGCUUUCUGCUGCCCACAAGUCCGGAAUUCGUGAGUUCAGCGAAUCUGUCUCUGCUGCAGUGAAGGAUGGCCAGAAGAAGGGUGGUAGCUAUGACUUUGCCGAGAUUGUCACUCGGGAAGCCCAGGGCUCGAUGGAGAAAUUUGAAGAGGUUGCCCGCUCUACAUUGGUUGAGGGUGCCAAGUGGAGUGACUACAAGCAAGAGCUGGCUCUUUACCAGAAGGAAUUGUCUGAAGUUAGUGCCCGCCUCCGCCGUGAUGAGAUGAGACGUUUGGCUACCCGUGUCGAGCGCUGGGUGCAAUCUCGUCUCGGCGAAUCAGUUGGCCUUGAGUUCAAUGCUCUUGGAUCAGGAAGAGCUGGUAGUGGCGCUCCCGAGAAUGGAGAGAAGCCCACCGAGAAGGCUUUCUGGGACCGCAUUUGGAACCUGUUCGAAGAAACCGUUCUCGAUGCCGAGCGCCGUUUCACAGACCGUGCAAGCAGCUUCGACGCUAGCCUCGAUGAGGUCGAUGUCGGACUCUGGCGUUUGCGCCGCAAAUCUUGGGGUGUUCUCCGUGCCAAGAUUGACGAGGAAAUGAUUGAGGGCAACUUACUUCUCAAGCUCCGUGAGAACUUCGAGGACAAGUUCCGCUAUGACGAGGAAGGCGUUCCACGCAUCUGGCGCCCAACAGAUGACAUUGAGGGCAUUUAUACCCGCGCUCGCGAGUCCACCUUGACCGUUAUUCCUCUUCUGUCUCGUUUCCGCCUGGAGAAGACCUCCGCUCCUCCCCCCCUUGACCGCUGGGUCGGACACACCCCGAGCACCGCAACCCCCGCGGACGAGGAGGACUUGCCCCCAAUUGGCGGCGUAGACGAAGACGAGGGCAAAAGUCUGGAAGAGGAGAUGACCAUCCUCAGCGACUCAAAGCGCCAAGAACUCACCGUCCGCUUCAAGAAGACCGCUGACGGCGUCUACGUCGAAGCUAAGCGCAGUGCCAUCGGCGGCAUGACACAAGUGCCAUUGUAUUUCUACGGUCUACUCCUAGCCCUAGGCUGGAACGAGAUCUGGGCUGUCCUCCGCAACCCAGCCUACUUCAUCCUCCUCUUCGUCUGCGCUAUCGGCGCAUACAUCACCUACCAACUCAACCUCUGGGGCCCCAUGCUCAAGAUGACCGAAGCCGCCUCCCAGCAAGCCCUGGAAGAAGGUAAGCGUCGCUUGCGCGAGUUUCUCGAGUCCUCCGACACCGGUCGCCAAGCUAUUGCCAUGUCGGCUGGUGAGGGGAGCGCCGGCCGCAAGGAGGAGUAUGAGAUGUCGGAUUUGAAGACGGGUGGCUCGAAGGCUGGUGACGAUGUGGAUGAUAUGUAA